AUGUUAUUGACCGCUGUAUUCAUCCUCACGACCUUUGGCACAUUCGGUUGGGCGAACCCGAUCGCGCGCAACAUGGUCGUCCAUGACAGUCGCGCAUCGGCCCCUGCCGGCUAUGUCGCUACCGAGCCUACGCCAGGAGAUCAAGUGUUGAACCUGAGGAUAGCACUCGCCCAGAGCAACGCUUCCGGGCUCGAGCAGCGCCUGCUCGAAGUCAGUGAUCCGGCACAUGCCGACUUCCGUCAGUGGCUCUCGAAGGAGGAGGUAGAGAAUUUUGUCAGGCCGACGCAGGACACAGUCACUGCGGUCUCGCAAUGGCUUUCCGAUAAUGGAAUCUCCUCCAGGAUCCUCACGCCUGCGGGUGACUGGAUUGAGUUUAGCGUCCCCGCGAGCAAGGCGAACGACAUGCUCGAUACGCAGUUCACCACGUACACACAUGCGAAUAGCGGACAACCCUCCGUUCGCACCCUGUCUUAUUCUAUCCCGGUCGCGCUAAAGGAACAUAUUCAACUCAUCCAUCCAACGACGUCGUUCACUGCCGUCACGCGUGGUUCUCCGGUCGCCUCCUUUUCGCGGCCUGUAACUAGCAAGGCACAAACCGACGCGGUCAUCGCGGAUGCGACUACCGUACCUGCUAGCUGCAACUCGUCGAUGACUCCCGCGUGUCUUCAGGCGCUGUACAGUAUACCGUCCAGCGUGAAGGUCAACAAGCAGAACAAGCUCGGUGUUGCUGGAAUGGGUGACGAAUUUGCGAACCAGGCAGAUUUGACCGCAUUCUUGAAGCAGUUCCGUCCCGAUAUGAACCCCAACACUAACUUCUCGACGACCUCUGUCGAUGGCGGCACGAACGACCAGACCGCAUACGAGGCGGGGUAUGAGGCGAAUUUGGAUAUUCAAUACACAGUCGGAAUUGCGACUGAUAUUCCUACAGUAUUCGUCUCGGUCGGCACCAACUACAAGGAUGGCCAAGAUCAAGGCUUUCUGGACGUGAUCAAUGCGUUGAUUGCUGAGAGCGCUCCACCGCAAGUCUUCACAACAUCUUACGGUUUCGAGAAGGAAUCAGAUCUGUCACAGAGCCUCACCACGACAAUGUGCAACUCGUACAUGCAGCUUUCUGCUCGCGGAGUGUCCAUCUUGUUCGCAUCCGGUGAUGGUGGAGUAGCCGCUUCUCCCGGCGAAGCGUGCACGGCAAAGAGCUUCCUGCCGACAUUCCCGACCUGCCCCUACGCCACGCUGGUCGGUGCCACGGAGAACGUCAACCCGGAGCGGGGCGCCGAGCUGUCUGCUGGCGGGUUCUCGAACUACUUCUCACAACCAAGCUGGCAGGCAUCCGCCGUGUCGAGCUAUUUGACCAAGCUCGGGUCUGAGUACUCUGGCGCCUACAACAAAGCUGGACGGGCAUACCCCGACGUUAGCGCGCAGGGCAACAGGGUUGAGAUGAUUUGGAACGACUUCAACUUACAGAUGGCUGGCACAUCUUGCUCCUCGCCAAUUUUCUCGUCAGUCAUCGCGAUGCUGAACAAUGAACUGUUGAAUGCCGGCAAACCCGUCCUCGGUUUCUUGAAUCCGUGGUUGUAUGCUAAUCCUCAGGCUUUCAACGACAUCACCACCGGCAACAACCCAGGUUGUGAUACAAAUGGUUUCCCAGCUGCCGCAGGAUGGGAUCCAGUUACCGGCCUAGGCACACCCAACUAUGCCGCCAUGCGCACGGCAGCGGGACUCUCAUAA